AUGAGGGAGUCAACAACGGGGAGUGAUACUAGUGGAGAAGUUCCCAAGCAGCACCCAGACGUGGAACAAACUCCUCUGAGGAGGGCCACUGGAGUAACAAUCAGGGAACCUUCCAGCACCCCGCGGGCUUCCGCUCCCCCUGUCUCAAAGGGAAAAGGGAAAAAGAAAGCUACUGAACCCCUUGAGCCCCUCAAUGAAUCUUCAGACGAGAACGAUAUGGACUCCGAGUGCGUGUUCGACAUUUACAGCGCCCCCGAGGCUCCGGCAACUCCCUCGAGCAAAAAGAAAACAAGCAAGAGGCAUCCUGGGGAAAGCAGUAAAGUGCCUCAGGCUAAGAAGCCUCGCACUGCACGCGUCCCGAAGGACGGACCCUCAGCCAAUGCAACUCCACCACCUUCUCCCCAUGAGCAGCAGACUCCCCCUGCUCCUGCCGGGUCUACUCCAUCUCCAGCAGCCCCAACUGACCAGACUCAGCAGGCCGGUCAUGCUUCCACUGGGGGCAACAUAACUAGUCGCGCCUUCAGAUCGGUCAAGGACAGAGUCGCAAAAAUUGUGAAGCACGACUGCUGCUGA